UGUUCAUCAUCGUCUCAGUCCAUGCAUGAAUCAUGAUCCACUGAUCCCAUGGCCCCACCCCACCUUUUUUACUCCAAAAAGAAAUGAUCAGAAACCACCUCCCAAGUCCCUAGCCACAUCUAACUUACUUUUGUCGGCGUCUCAGUUCUCUAGCUAUAUAUAUUCAGCAAAAUAUAUAUUUGGUAUAUACAGUAAAGAGGAACCCUCCGAAUCAGAACAUGCAGGAUCAGAUGGAUGAGGUGGAGGAAGUGAAGUCGAGCCCAAUGAGUAAUCCAAACAUGACCCCUAAAAGUCCGUUCGUUUCUCGUUUUGUGGCGACUCCUUUGGCGAGUCCGAUGAAGAAGGCGAUGACAAGCAUGCGAGGCUACCUAGAAGAAGUUGGACACUUGACAAAGCUUGAUCCUCAGGACGCAUGGCUGCCCAUCACCGAGUCCAGAAACGGAAAUGCCCUCUACUCCGCCUUUCACACGCUCAGUUCCGGAAUAGGCAUUCCAGCCCUCCUUCUUCCUUUAUCUUUCGCUACUCUUGGCUGGGCAUGGGGAAUUAUAUGUCUCUCGGUGGCUUUCAUGUGGCAGCUCUAUACUCUCUGGUUACUGAUACAACUGCACGAAUCCGAAUCGGGAGUGCGCUACAGCAGAUACCUUCGACUUUCCAUGGCAGCUUUUGGUGAGAAGCUAGGGAAAAUUCUGGCAUUGUUUCCAAUCAUGUACCUCUCAGGUGGUACGUGUGUAACCCUGAUCAUGAUCGGAGGUGGGACAAUGAAAAUAUUUUUCCAAAUCGUGUGCGGUGAGACAUGCCGCCAUGUAAGUCCACUGUCAACGAUAGAGUGCUACUUGGUGUUCACCGGCACUGCCAUUCUUCUCGCUCAGCUUCCUAACCUCAACUCAAUAGCUGGAAUUUCCCUCAUUGGAGCUAUCACCGCCGUAAGCUACUGCACACUCAUUUGGGUGGUUUCUGUCACCAAAGAUAGACCCAACGGUGUUUCUUAUAAGCCGCUGGAAACAAAAUCUGAUGCAGCCACCGUUUUUGGCGUCCUAAAUGCGCUUGGGAUCACUAUCUUUGCUUUUAGAGGCCACAACCUUGUGCUUGAAAUACAGGGAACCAUGCCCUCGAACGGUAAGAGGCCUUCGCGUUUGCCGAUGUGGAAGGGAGUGAAGUUCGCAUAUCUCAUCAUCGCACUGUGUUUGUUUCCCCUGGCAAUUGGCGGCUACUGGGCUUACGGAAAUUUCAUACCUUCAAGUGGAGGGAUGUUAGGUGCUUUGAACAAAUACCACGGACACGACACAUCAAAAUUUGUCCUAGGAUUGACGAGCAUGCUUAUUGUGGUUAACAGUCUAAGCUCCUUUCAAAUAUAUGCAAUGCCGGUUUUCGACAAUCUGGAAUUCAGAUUCACUAGCAGCAUGAACAAACCUUGUCCGCGGUGGCUACGCUCCGGAUUUAGGAUUUUCUAUGGCUGCGUUGCAUUUUUUAUAUCUGUUGCACUACCAUUCUUGCCCAGCUUAGCAGGACUCAUCGGAGGAGUUGCGGUUCCAAUCACCUUGGCGUAUCCGUGUUUCAUGUGGAUAUUGAUCAAGAAACCUUGUAAAUGUAGCACAAUUUUUAACUGGGUACUCGGAGCCUUGGGGAUAGUCCUAAGCAUAUUAAUCAUCACCGGAGCAAUUUGGAAUAUAGUCACGAUCGGAAUAGAAGUCCACUUCUUCAAGCCUGAAAAAUAACCGAGGCAACAACACCACCAAGGAGCCUCCCACUCUCGACCUUAACCAUCAACCGAUGACUCUUUCACUUCGUCCUGGUCCUAUAACCACUGGCUUAUAAGGGAACAUACACAACGGUGAUCUUAAAGAAGGAAGCAACAAUAUUAACAAGUGUUCUGACAUCUAAAAUAAUUGUGUACUUCACGCUGCAUAUCCAAACACUAAAAUAACACUUUGGGUAUAUGCAUCUGAAAUGUCAUUCAUUGGUUUCUUAUGUCAUUGUAUUGUUGAUAAGUAAUGCAAACAUCAUCACUAUAUCAUUGGUAAAAACAAAAUAUUCUCGGUAGUAACAGAAGAAACCGUAUGGUCAACUAACCUUUCCUCCCCUCACUAACCAAAUCUUCAUAUCUUGAUCGAUCAACUUGCCACUCUGAUGAGCAUCUUCCACAGCAAUCACAUCAGUUUUUCACCUAAUGUUCGAAGGCAAUGAUUACACAUCCCAAUACA